GCAAGAACGCGCUGAACGGCGGAGGGCAAGAAGGGCCGAAAGAGAAUCUCAGAUGGUUGGCGGACUGUCCAACCCGGAUCCAGUGCGAAUAAGGAAAUCCGAUCGAAGGAGGUCUUACAUGGAUGGGCCCACCGACGAUGAUGAGGAGCGAAGACAGAGACGAGAAGAGCGACACCACCGUAUGCGCUCACAUGAUGCUCCAAGAACGAGGACUCGUCACAAGUCAGCGCCGGUCGUUGAUGGCUAUGUCGACUCUCGCAGUGGUAGCAAAAAGGAUCGUAAUCACGAAUUUCUCCCAGCCGAAGGCCCAGUUUACAGAGACUCAAAACGCAGGAAGCCUGCUUGGCCACAUUCCGGUACUGAUUCAUGGGUACAAGAUCAUUCUGAUGCGCCUCCCCCACCAGAGGAUAAGACUCCUGUGGAAGAAGGCCCAGCAGAUGACACGAUAGCUGACGAGAAUGUGCGACGACAUUUGAGAAAGACGCGGCGGCUAUCGAAGUACGAUGAAGAUGACCGUGAAGAGCGGAGGCGAAGAAGAGAAUCCAGACGCGCCGAUGGCAUGAAGAGCUCUGAAGGGAGCCAGGGUGACGUCCGAAGAUCCAGUCGUAGAGACUCUGGCUUCAUUACCGCCAGUAGGGAACCCAGCGCUCAAGGAGGGCUCUUCAGUCGGUUCAGAAGGAUUGCUGGAGUCUAAUGGUGGAGGGUGAGGAGAUUUUGCUAUUUGAUCUGAUGUUGAUGUUAAGAUACCUGUUUGGAUUU